AUGUUGUUCUCCAAGCUCGCUGUCGUCCCUUUGGUUGUGGCCUUCGCUGGGAAUGCGCUCGCUCGUCCCGCACUGGCUGCUCGCCAAGUCCAAUCCACUUCUCUGCUCGCGAACUUUGACCCCGCGACGGCUCUGGUAAACCCCGACCCGCUCACAGCCGCGACACCCGUCCCAAAUGCCGAUGCCAACACUAACAACAACGCCAACAGCAACGUAGCAGAGAACGCAAAUGUCGCUCCGGCUGCUGUAACCGUUACAGUCACCGCUCCCGCUGUAGCAGACGCAACUCCUGCACCAGUCGCUGCUGAUGCACCCGCCGCGCCUGCCGUUGCCGAUGCUGCUGCUGCACCCGCCAUCGGAGGUAUAGCCGCUCCCAUUGUUAACGCCAUCGUAUCUGCCGUUGCACCGGCUGUCCAAGCGGCCGCGCCCGCUGCUGCAAGUGCUGCCGCACCUGCCGCCACCGCUGCCGCCGACAAGAAUGCUCGCGUGAAAGAGUUCCUUACCGGGGGUGCCGGUCUCCUCACCAAACUUUUAGGACUCUCCCUCUAG